AUGCUGCCAAGAGCGCUACUCCGACUGUCACCGGGCACCUCGCAGCAGCGCCCGUUCUCCAGAUCCGCCCCUGCAUUAAACGCCGUCCUCAACCAAUUCUUCGACGAUCCCCAAAAUUUUGGAAAAACUGAACUACGCCCAAAGCUACGACCCGGACGCGCGUGGAGCAGUGAUGAACUGCGACGCAAGAGCAACGAGGAUUUACAUAAAUUGUGGUACAUAUGCCUAAAAGAACGGAAUAUGCUACUCACUAUGCAAAAGUCCUAUCAAAACUACGCGAAAGCCUUCCCGAACCCUGAACGGCUCGACAAUGUUGCGACGACGAUGAAGGGGAUUGAGGAAGUGGUCCACGAGCGGAACGACGCCUACUACCAGCUCGAAACUGGAAAAGGAGUUGAUCCGCCGAAGCGCACGAUCACUUCCUUCAUGGGAUUCACGUAUGAGAAAGCCGCGCGAGAACAUUAUCAGCCUCCAACAGCUGGUCAGAAAGAAUACGAGGUCCCCGAACUCGAUGCGGACGCGCAUAUGAUGCAAAAGCUUUGGGCGGAGAAGGAGGCCCUGAAGGAGCGCGACCGGAAGGAUGUGGCCGCGCAGCGAGAGUACUUGAGCGAUUCCAAGUUGAAGUUCAAGCGUGGCGGCCGCCGAACAUUUGAUCGUCUGGAAGAUAUCAAGCCAUAUCUU